CCGUUGCAAGGCAAACAUCACUUGCGCCCAACACAAGAAAAAAUUCUUCAAGCUUCUUACUGAUCACAAUGUCUACAACGUUUGAGCGUGCACAAAUGGUAAUCACCUGGCUUCUGUUGAUUCUCUCCUCGUGGGUCGACACUGGCUCAGCUCGUAGCUUCCUGAAACUAAAAUCGAGUCCAAGGAGAAUACCUUUGAAAGAAACAGAGAACCCAAUCUGGCGCGGUCCACCAGAAAACCAUUUUCGCAACCCCAAAAGCAAGCUUCCACAAAUACCAAGCCCUUUGCAAUCUGAUCCGAAAGAGUUAAGAAAAAUCAUCAAAAAAUUCGAACCACUUUAUAUGUCCAUCACAAAACCUCCAGAACUGAAUACGACCGAAGAGCAAACUAUUUCAAGACGCGAAAUUUUCGCACGAAUGCCAGCGGAGUUGAAAAAUCUACAUUUUACGGUGCCGGGGUCGGAGCGAGAACUGGGAGAACGUGCGAGUAAAAAACUUCGACUGUGGCUUUGGAAUUUGUCUUCGUGUAAGGUGCUGCCGCUAUGGAAGGAUUUUGGUCCCACAAUUUGGCCGCGUUAUGUGAAUAUUGGUCAAUGUCAAAUGAAAAAGACUUGUUCGUAUCCUAAAGGAAUGCAAUGCAAACCAGCCAAAUACAAGAGGAUUUAUACACUAUUCUGGGUGUGCAGUGAACAGAUUCGUAAACUGAAGAAGGGUACUCGAUGUAUAUGGGUUCAUUAUCCCACAGACGCUAUAGAGAAGUGUAAAUGUUCGUGCUAAACGGAUAACACUAAAUCUCUGCAGCUCAAUCCGCCGAAACACGUUGCAUGCUGUGGCCCUUGAGCUAUAUAUUCCAUACGACGAUAAUUGAUACAGUUGAGAACAUUAUUCGCCGUUCGAUUUCUAAUUAGAGCUCUGCUGGAUGUUCGAUUCCGAAUUAGAACAUAAUUUGACGUUCGAUUUCAAAUUAGAACAUUUUGGAGUGUUCGAUUUCAAAUUAGAACACUUUUGGUCCUUCGAUUUCGAAGUAGAACAUUAUUUGACGUUCGAUUGUAAGUUAGCGGAACACUCUGGGCGAUGCACUGAUGCUCGCAACUCGUGAAAAUGUCGCAUAAAGACUGUAUAUUUAAUUGGUGACGGUAUAUAUACCUAUGAACAAGAAUAGAACGUUAUUAUUUAAAUUGUUUUAAAGCUAUAGCUAAAGUGAUUUCACGCUCAACGAACCCAUUUUAUAAUAAGCGCAAACACAAUGCGAAAGAAUGACUGCAAUCUUUGCAAGACAGAUAUGAAUGGCCGCAAAAUGGCUGUAGUGACAUGUUAUGCAAAUACUUGACAAGUGAAAAAUUCGCGGUUGGAAGUCAAAGACUUUCUCUAAUUCUCGACUGCACUAAAUUGCCGCCAUGUAUACACUAGGCGACAAGGUCAUGUCAUAAAAUACCCUGGGAAAGGUCAUCUUGUUAGUGUAUUUCGAAUUUUGAAAUAUAUUUUUCUACAUGUUUGUCAGUGAUUGAUUUAACUAUUUCCGUAGCUCGGUGGUGUGUUUAUAAAUGUCUCGAAAUCAUCCAGUUUAUACGAUUCCCAGUUUAUACUUGAUUGUAGUUUAACCAGUGGUAACGUUUGCUAAAAGCCAGUGUGCGUAUUUAUCAAUUCUCUCAUUGUGUUUGCACUCCUAUAUGUAGUGUACAAAUAGGCUGCGAUUUGUAAAACACUUUGAAUAUUUGACCACCUAAGGUAGUCACUACAGGAAAGAGACCAAUUUACACCUCAUUUUCAGAUUUAAACGUCGCACCAUGUUUAUGGAAUGUGUUGUAAAAACACGCAAUUUAUAGCUGGGUUUCAGUUGGUGAUCAACUUCAAAAAUUUUGACACGUUUUGUAGGAGAGAGCAAACUAUAUCUCUCAAUUCUAUUUACUUGCCUCCGAAUACAAGACUACUACAUAUAAUAAAAAGAAUCAAAAUUAUUUUCUCAUUCUGAUAACUGCGGGUUGACCACCAUCUGCUGCACGACAGCGGAGUGUUUGGUGAAACUCGGCUAUAACUUGGUAUCUUCAACUGGCUGGUUCUUCCUUAUGUAUAUAAUCAUACAUCAUGUUAUGUAACCAAACUAUUUCUCGUAGGAUGUAAAAAUUUGUAAAUACCCAUCUCUUGUAUUUAUUCAUACUGUUUGAAAUAUAAAGAACUGAU